AUGUCAAAGCGCGCGACUACUCGGGUCGACCCACGCACUCAUCAGUUCACUCAGGUGUCGGACGAGGUCAAAUGGUACGACCACAUCUUCGUCGCACCUCAGGUAUCCCUGUCCGUGUUCGGCAUACACAUAGUACCGGUCCAGCGGAAGAACAGAGCUCUCAGCUUGAUGUGGCGCAGCCUGCUCACUAUCGUUGUGGCGUCUCUUCUGAUCGUGUUCCUCACCGAAAACAUAAUCGCUGUUUCUUGGGGCCUGAACGCGUGGCGUCACAUAAAAUGGCUGACAAGCAGCGCGACGGCACUUUUCACCUUUUUCUACAUCCGAAUCAGAAUCACUAAGGUGCGCCAGCUGGUCGACUUCUACACGAUCAAUUACAACUCGUGGAGGUCUACGGAGAAACGCUCCAUACGAUUGAAUAUCAGCUACAUGAUACCUCUUCUGUGGUGCGUCGUCUUGGCCGCGGGCAUCGAUUUCGCGGCGUACGCUCGGUCGGACUACGUCGAAUAUUUCCUCGUGCUCAAAAUGCAUAGAGAUACACCGCACGUUGAGAUACUCGAAACCGUGGAAAGUCUCGUGCGGAUGACGGUGAUCCACGGGUGCAUCAAUUUCGUGGCGUUCUUGUACGGAACAUUGCUCGGCAUGAUCAUCGGCAAUAUCGGCCACUUGAACAUGUGGAUGCGAUCUCAGGAGGUCUCCGAGCUGGAAGACAACGCCUCCACAACAUCUCUGACUCAACUCCGCAACCUCUUCCAUCAUCAAGAACUCAACCUCCGGGAAGUGGACAGUGUAUUCUCGCCCGUGCUCGCUAUCUGGUAUCUGAUGUGCAUUAUUAACGUAAUUGCGGAUAUACAUAUGAGUUUUGAGGGCUCGUUCCCAGGCAGUCACGCGGGCCGCAUCGCAUUCAACCUCUUCAUGGACGGCUUCCCGUGGUGGGCUAUCAUUUGGGCCACCACCGGAGCUGCGGAAGGCAUUCAGAACGAGUAUCACAAUUUCGUUCAGCAGAUGGAGCAGACGCUCCUGGCGCUCGGAGCAAAGAACCCCCAGGCUCCGGUUACCCGACCCGUGCUCUCCGUUUUGGUUUUACUCCAGCGAACAUCGAUAGUCUUUCCGAGAAUAACUCUCGCGGGCUGGAUCACAGUACGACGACGACUGCUACUCCAUCUCAUUUCGUUCUUUUCGGUGUAUAUAGCUAUCUUAUCAAUGCGAAGAAAAUCGUGA